GUAUAUUUUCUCUCGCAUAAUAAUACUUUUAUCAAUUACAAUUAUUGUAAUUGCAUUGAAUGGAUUCUCACAUCAUUGAGUUUGUCGCUGCUUUCUUCAAUAGCUGAAGCACAUAUAAGCAGGAGCUAGCUAGGUUUUUCCAAUUUUGAGGAAACAAUGGAUGAGCCAUGGCUGAAAUGGGUUUCUAUUUUGGACACUAAUGACUAUCAUUUAUCCACUGAAUGUGACAUGAACUCUGUUGAAGAACCAUUGGAGGGAGAGAAUUCAGUGGAUCCUGGAGAACUCUCAUGGGAAAAUCACUCCCCUAAUUCAUAUCUCACAAAAGAAAGAACCACCCUUUUGAGCAAUUCUUCAUCUUUGGAAGAGAUCAACACUAGCUUUGAUAUGACAAGUCUCAAACAACAUGCUUCUCCACAGAAACCAAAGUCUUGCAUUCUGUCUUUUGAGGAUUCCACUUCAGUGCCAAUUACUUCCAAGAAAACUUGCCAAUUAUAUCAUGGUGAACAUUCAAAGGAGACACAAGAAGAGCUACCCAAUAGAAAACCCCUCAAGAGGGAUACAAGCUUUGAUCACAUAAUGGCUGAGAGAAAAAGGAGAGAGAAUAUCAGCAGACUGUUCAUAGCUCUUUCAGCCCUUAUUCCGGGCUUGAAAAAGAUGGACAAGGCUUCUGUUCUUUACAACGCUAUAGAGCAUGUGAAAUAUCUUCAGCAGCGUGUAAAGGAUUUGGAAAAAGAUAACAAGAAGAGAAAGACAGAAUCCGUAGGAUGUUUCAAAAUAAAUAAAACCAAUGUUGCUGACAACGUUUGGACAUGUGAUGAUAAACCUAUCAAGAUAUGUCCCAAAGUUGAAGCAAGAGUCUCAGGAAAAGAUGUUGUCAUCAGAGUAACGUGUGAGAAGCAAAAGAACAUUUUACCUAAGCUACUGGCCAAGCUUGAAGCUCAUAAUCUCUCCAUAGUGUGUAGCAAUGUUUUGCCAUUUGGGAAUUCCGCUCUCAGCAUUACCAGCAUUGCUAAGAUGGACCAUGAAUUCAGCUUGACAGUGGACACGUACGACCUAGUGAAAACCUUGACAGGGGAAUUGUUGGAGUGCAGUAAAAUGCAACGAUAAUGAGCCACGCUAACGAGUUGGCUACAAGUAGAUUUAAAAGUGCAUUAUAAGCAGUUCAAGCAUUUUAUUCGUGUACUAUCGAUAAUACUGGGAGUAUCUUAGUGUAUUAUGUCUUUAUAAUUUGUUUUUUAUUUAUAAAAAAUAUUAAUAUAUUAAUUUUAUUAGAAAUAUCAAUAAGAUGAUUUCGUGAUUUCACAUU